AUGCGAGACCUACGGAUUGAAGCCCUCGAAGGUAAAGUCAACCAGCUCCUGGGACAAAUCAAGAGCGAAUCACCUCAGGAGGAGUCGUCGUCGAUAAACCCUGCCGUGGGGACUACUCGAAAGGGGUCGACAACGAAGCGCACACCGAGCGAGAAACCGCCGGCGCCAGAUGUCAUCGCGAAAGGAAUCAUCAGUUUCGACGAUGCCUGCUCCCUGUUUGAUCAAUUCCGUAGGAGCAUGAUGCCACACUUUCCCUUCGUUAUCAUACCAGAGGAGACGACAUUGCAGGAACUACGAGAACAGAAGCCGUUUCUACUCCUAGCGAUCCUUACGGUGUCUUUGUACGAGAAUAUGCCGCUGCGGCGUGUGCUCCUCGAGGAAUUCCGAAAUGCCGUUCGGGAAUGUAUGGUGUUCGGACUAGCCGAAUCUCCGUUCGAAGUUCUACAGGGGUUGCUUGUAAGCCUUGGAUGGUCCCAGUAUCUAUACCAACCGCGCCAAUUCACGACCUAUUUCCACCUCGCCCUUACUAUUGUAGUUGACUUGUGGCUAGAUCGACCGGCGGAGCUACGAACUUCCAUCCCUCGGUCGGAAAUCAGGACAAUGACACACGCCAAGCUUGCAUCGGUCGCGCGUGACGAAAAGAGGGCUGUACUUGGAUGUUUUGUAAUCUCGUCCUGUGUCUCUAUCAUCAUGCAGAAAAAAUGCACGUUUCCUUGGACCCCUCACCUAGAAAGAUUCGCGCUGGAAUUGGCCCAGGAGCCUGAAUAUCCUAGUGACCAGUAUACGAUCCAUCUGGUCCGACUCCAACAUCUCCUUGAGCGGAUCGAUGAGGUCUCGAUCAGUCACCCUCCGGACAUGCAAGGCCGGAUGGCCGAGAUGGAGCGCCACAUUUUUGCCUUUCGACAGGAGCUAGAAGACAUGAAGAACCAGCUCUCCUAUACGAGAACGAACUGUUUGAUUAUCGCCCUGCAGUGCCAUACCAUAGAAUUGUAUUUGACGCAGGUCAGCCUAUUCGACAAAUUCCAUGCUAUUCCACCACACCACUAUAUCUCUCCGUCAAACGCCACCCAUCCCGAGGCACCCCCUUCAUUCUACCCGCGACGACAGCGAGAGCCAUCCAUGCUCCCCAGCUCCAUGACGUUCCGGAUCGAUUCUCUCUGCCGUGGACUAGCAGCUGCGGAACGCUACUUUGACUCGGUGUUGACCUGGCCCGUGGGCGUCGAAGACAACAUCAGCUACAUGCAAUGGGUGCAAAUUGGAUUUAUCCUUGCGAUAUCGGCCAAGCUAGCCGUCACGGCCUCGGACCCAUUGUUAUAUCGUCACGAACGGGUGGGACCCCUAUGCGACGCGCUGAACAUGCCACUAGUUCUGCAGAACUGCAGGAGGCGCAUGCAGGCGCUGUCCAAUCGGAACGUGGACGAGACCGGCGAACAAGACGUGUACUCUCACUACGAGCAAUGGCUCUGCCACAUCCACGAGUGGUUCGAUCGGAAUUAUUGUCUCACUCAGCCGGAUGGGCUACCUCCGGCGCCAACACCUACGCAGCAGCAACGAGUGUCUGCUGUCCCCGUGCCGGGACCGGCGCCUACCACGAUGCCUGUGUCGACGUUCUAUCCUGCUCAAGCGCGAGAUGGCAACCAGCCUGCGCAGGUAUGUCCACCGGAGAAUGGCGGUCUUGCCUGGUUGGAUCCAUACCAGGAUGCGUCGACAGAGGAGAUAAUGAACGGAUGGAUGGCGUUGUCGGCGGUGCCACUCUAG